GAUGGCUACUACACAGAAGAUGACCCAGUUUAUGGCAAUCUCAAUCAAGAUAUUUUAGAGGCAUGUUGUUACGGGCAGAUGAAGUCCCAGCCUCAAAGGCCAGUUAACCAGCUACAGGUGGAGUCUGCCCAUCAGAUGUGUUAUGCCUCACUUGAUCACAGUGUCAAGGGAAAACGCAGAAAACCGAGGAGAAAGAAAGGCCCUUCAUUAGAGGAGGAUGAAGAAGAAAGAUCAUCUAACCCCACCAUGAUGGCUUCCAAAGUUAGCAUUUAUCUCAACAGUGAGCAGCUGGCUGCUGAAAACACAACAAACGUAGAAGCCAUUCAUGAUGAUCCCAUGAGAUUAAUGGGCUUGAUUCAUACUACAAAGGAGAGAACAUUUGAAGUGGCUUCAUAA